AUGACAACGGGAAGGAUUCCUUUCUAUCCUGGGUGUGUUGUUCCUUGGUGUGUUGUCUCCUCUAAGAGGCGCCUCUCCUCUAAGAGGGGCCUCUCGGCGGCGGCCGGUGGUCUUGCCGUUCGUCGGGGGCCGGCGGCCUUGCCGUUCGUCGCCUUGCCGUUCGUCGCCUUGCCGUUCGUCGCCUUGCCGUUCGUCGGCGGCCGGCGGCCUUGCCAUUCGUCGGCGGCCUUGCCAUUCGUCGGCGUCUGGCGGCCUUGCCGUUCGUCGGCGGCCGGCGGCCUUGCCGUUCGUCGGCGGCCGGCGGCCUUGCCGUUCGUCAGCGGCCGGCAACCGGCGGCCUUGCCGUUCGUCAGGGGCCGGCGGCCUUGCCAUUCGUCGGCGGCCGGCGGCCUUGCCGUUCGUCCGUGGCCGGCGGCCGGCAGCCUUGCCGUUCGUUGGCCGGCGGCCUUGCCGUUCAUCACAUUGCCGUUUGUCGGCGGCCGGCGGCCUUGCUGUUCGGCGGCUGGCGGCCAUGCCAUUCGUCACCUUGCCGUUCGUCGACGGCCGGCGGCCUUGGUGUUUGUUGUGGGCCGGCGGCCUUGCCGUUCGUCGGCGACCGGCGGCCUUGCCGCCUUGCCGCUGGUCAGCGGGCGGCGGCCUUGCCGUUGGUCGGCCGGCGGUGGCCUUGACGUUCGUCGCCUUGCCGUUCGUCGGGGGCCGGAGGCCUUGCCAUUCGUCGGCGGCCGGCGGCCUUGCCGUUCGUCGGCGGCCGGCGGCCUUGCCGUUUGCCGGCGGCCGGCGGCCUUGCCGUUUGUCGCCUUGCCGUUCGUUGGGGGCCGGCGGCCUUGCCAUUCGUCGGCGGCCGGCAGCCUUGCCGUUCGUUGGCGGCCGGCGGCCUUGCCGUUUGUCGGCGGCCGGCGGCCUUGCCCUUCAUCGCCAUGCCGUUCGUCGGCGGCCGGCGGCCUUGCCGUUCGUCGGCGACUGGGGGCCUUGCCGUUCGUCGGCGACCGGCAUUCUUGCCGUUGGUCGGCGGCCGGCGGCCUUGAAGUUCGUCGGCGGUCGGCGGCCGGCGGCCUUGCCGUUGGUCGGCGGCCGGCGGACUUACCGUUCUUCGGCGGCCGGCGGCCUUGCCAUUGGUCGGGGGCCGGCGGCCUUGCCAUUCGUCGGCGGCCGGCGGCCUUGCCGUUGGUCGGCGGUCGGGGGCCUUGCCGUUGGUCAGCGGGCGGCGGCCUUGCCGUUGGUCGGCCGGCGGCGGCCUUGCCGUUCGCCGGCCGGCGGCGGCCUUACCAUUGGUCAGCCAGCGGCCUUGCCGUUCGCUGGCGGCCCUACCGUUCGUCGCCUUGCCAUUCGUCGGGGGCCGGAGGCCUUGCUGUUUGUCGGCGGCCGACGGCCUUGCCGUUCGUCGGCGGCCGGCGGCCUUGCCGUUCGUCGGCGGCCGGCGGCCUUGCCGUUCGUCGCGGGCCGGCGGCCUUGCCGGUCGUCGGCGGCCGGCGGCCUUGCCGUUCGUCGGCAGCCGGCGGCAGCCUUGCCGCUGGUCGGCCGGCGGCGGCCGCAACCGGCAGCCUUGCCGUUCGUCGGCGGCCUUGCCGUUCGUCGGCGGCCGGCGGCCUUGCCGUUGGUCGGCGUCCGGCGGCCUUGCCGUUCGUCGCGGGCCGGCGGCCUUGCCGUUCGUCGGGGGCCGGCGGCCUUGCAGUUCGUCGCGGGCCGGCGGCCUUGCCGUUCGUCGGCGACCGGCGGCCUUGCCGUUGGUCGGCGGCCGGCGGCCUUGCCGUUGGUCGGCGGACGGCGGCCUUGCCGUUGGUCGGCGGCCGGCGGCCUUGCCGUUGGUCGGCGGCCUUGCCGUUCGCCAGCGGCCUUGCCGUUCGCCAGCGGCCUUGCCGUUCGUCGCCUUGCCGUUUGUCGGGGGCCGGAGGCCUUGCCGUUGGUCGGCGGGCGGCGGCCUUGCCGUUGGUCGGCCGGCGACGGCCUUGCCGUUCGCCGGCGGGCGGCGGCCUUGCCGCUGGUCGGCGGCCGGUGGCCUUGCCGUUGGUCAGCAACCGGCGGCCUAGCCGUUCGCCAGCGGCCGGCGGCCUGGCCGUUCGCCGGCCUGGCCGUUCGCCGGCGGCCUUGCCGUUCGCCGGCGGCCUUGCCGUUCGUCGCCUUGCCGUUCGUCGGGGGCCGGAGGCCUUGCCGUUCGUCGGCGGCCGGCGGCCUAGCCGUUCGUCGGCGGCCGGCGGCCUUGCUGUUCGUCGCCUUGCCGUUGGUCGGCGGCCGGCGGCCUUGCCAUUCGUCGGCGGCCGGCGGCCUUGCCGUUCGUCGCCUUGCCGUUCGUCGGCGGCCGGCGGCCUAGCCGUUCGCCGGCAGCCGGCGGCCUUGCCGUUCGUCGCCUUGCCGUUCGUCGGGGGCCGGCGGCCUUGCCGUUGGUCGGCGGCCGGGGGCCUUGCCGUUCGUCGGCGGCCUUGCCGUUCGUCGCCUUGCCGUUCGUCGGGGGCCGGCGGCCUUGCCAUUCGCUGGCGGCCGGCGGCCUUGCCGUUCGUCAGCGGCCAGCGGCCUUGCCCUUCGUCGCCUUGCCGUUCGUCGGCGGCCGGCGGCCUUGCCGUUUGUCGCCUUGCCGUUCGUAGGCGGCCGGCGGCCUUGCCGUUCGCCGGCGGCCGGCGGCCUUGCCGUUCGUCGGUGGCCGGCAGCCUUUCCAUCUAG